UGAUUCCCUACUUCGCACAAAAGAAAACCCUCAGUCUCUCUGUCUCUCCCUAAACCCUAAGAAAGUCCCCAAGCCGACUGCUUCUCGGCACUCUGCUCUGCUCACGCGCUCAGAGAAAUUCGUGCUUCUUCUCGUUUACCGGUCACAGCUUUCCACCGAUUAAGCUAAGAAUCAUCCACCGCCACCAGGAUAAUAAACGGUCCGACCAUCUCGAGUUUCUGUGAAUUCAUCAAUGGGAAAGAAGCGCAAUCGGAUUCAAAAUCCCCAGCCGUUCCUCGUAGAUGACGAUUCGAUUGCGUCAUCCAAGAAGCGAUCCAAAGCUCCCAAACACCACCAAAAGCAAGAGAAGUUAAUUUCCUCUGGUAUUAGCUCGAAAAUCUUGAAGGAAGCCUUGGCUCAACAAAAGGAGAUAGAAGAGGAAGCUGAAGAGCAAAACCCUAAGAAUGCAUUCGCCUUUGCCGCAAUAGCAGAAGAGGAAAGGAAUAAGCAAGAAGAAGAAGAUAAUCUCGACGAUUUUGGUGGAUUCUCCGAGACUCAAAGCCAAUUUGGCGGUUGUGAAGAGGAGAUUGACGAAGAUGAGGAGAAGUUGCUAGAGGCAUUCUUAUCAAAGGAUGCUGGUCAACAACGGACACUUGCAGAUAUCAUUAUCGAGAAAAUUAAAGAAAAAGAUGCAAAUGUUUCUUCAGAAGCACGACCAGUGCCUAAAUUGGAUAACUCACUCAUAGAGUUGUACAAGGGACUGGGCAAGUUUCUUAAUAAAUACACGGCAGGAAAAAUGCCCAAAGCAUUUAAGCACAUUCCUUCGAUGCAACUUUGGGAGGAUGUUCUAUACCUAACUGAACCAGAAAAUUGGUCACCAAAUGCAAUGUAUCAAGCCACAAGAAUAUUUGCUUCCAAUUUGAACGCGAAGAAGGCUGAACGCUUUUAUAAGCUUGUCUUGCUUCCUCGAGUCAGAGAUGAUAUAAGGAAGAACAAGAAACUGCAUUUUUCUCUAUAUCAAACCUUGAAGAAGGCACUAUAUAAACCUGCUGCAUUCAACAAGGGGAUACUGUUUCCAUUAUGUAAAUCAAGAACAUGCAGUUUAAGGGAAGCUGUCAUUAUUGGAAGCAUUAUCCAGAAAGUCUCCAUUCCUAUGCUUCAUUCAAGUGUUGCAUUAAUGAAGCUUGCAGAGAUGGAAUAUUGUGGCACAACAAGUUACUUCAUAAAGCUUCUUGUGGAGAAGAAAUAUGCUUUGCCAUAUCGUGUGGUUGAUGCAGUGAUUGCUCAUUUCUUGAGAUUUAUGGAUGAGACAAGAGUAAUGCCAGUAAUAUGGCACCAGUCACUACUUGCCUUUAUCCAAAGGUAUAAGAAUGAGUUGCAGAAGGAAGACAGACACUUUAGAAGGCUGCUUGAAAAGCAGAAGCAUAAAUUAGUGACUCCUGAAAUUAUCAGGGAGCUAGAUAACAGCCGUAAUCGCGGGGAGAAGGAGGAUGAUCUUAUGCUGAUAACAUCCCCAGUUUCAGUGAUUAAUAAGACUAUUGAAGAAGACAGAUUUGAUAUCCCAGAUGUCCCAAUGGAGGAGGAUUAACUGUAUGUCAUCUUUCUUGCCAUCUAAACCGUGUAAACAAGUUUUGGUUCUUCGCCCAGCUCAAUGACAAAGCAACUUAAUAGGCCUAAGAUGGAAGAAGAGCUUUUUGCCUUCGGGCCCAAGAGUUUUGUUUAUCUUGAUUAUUGGGUGGUCACUUCCAUUCUUUAGUAUAAUAAAUGUUAUUUAAUUGAUUACUUAGUGGAGAGAAUCUAGCAUUGUGCAAUGUAGUACAACCUUCACCAAGUAGAAUCUGGUGGAAGUACAAUAUCCUCCCUGUUUUGUGCAUGAUACAGGAAAUUAGUUAUUUAAAUUGAGAUAUAACUUUAUAUUUCUUAGUAGAUUAUACAAUUUCUCUGCCA